AUGAAUAAGGAAAACCGGACAACAGUUGCAGAUUUCCUUCUUUUAGGUUUUCAUGAGCUUUGCAACGUCAAAAGUGUUUUAUUCAUUGGCAUUUUUCUUAUUUACUUGGUGACAGUAAUUGGAAAUGUCAUGAUUAUUAUGUUGGUGACCUUCAGCCAAAGAUUUGAUUCUCCCAUGUACUUCUUCCUGGGUCAUUUAUCUUGUUGUGAUCUGCUUCUCUCCAUAGUAGUAGUUCCAUUGCUGUUGGAUAGUACAUUGAGAGAAGUAACCAUAUCCUUUGUUGGAUGUUUUGCCCAGUUUUAUCUUUUUGGUUCCUUGGCAACUACAGAGUGUUAUAUUCUUUCUGUCAUGUCCUAUGAUAGAUAUUUAGCCAUAUGUAACCCAUUGCAUUAUUCGUCUGUGAUGAACCUCAAGAGAUGCUUCCACCUUGCUUUCUGGUGUUGGAUUGUAGCCUUCAUGCUGAUGCUACUCACAGCUGUUCAAAUAGGAAGAUUGAAUUUUUGUGGCCCAAAUGUCAUUGACCAUUUCUUUUGUGAUCUGGCACCUCUUCUUCAGCUUUCUUGUUCAGACACAUCUUUUGUUGAAACAGAGAACCUUGUAGUAGGCAUUCCAUCAACAUUCUUGCCACUGCUUUUCAUCUCUAAGACAUACAUGACCAUUUUCUGCACCAUCCUUAAAAUACCAUCUGCUAUUGGCAAGCAGAAAGCCUUUUACACCUGCAGUUCCCAUUUGGCAGUUGUGUCUGUUUAUUAUGGUACAUUGAUUGUUGCCUAUUUAUUCCUGUCUAAAGGUCACUCGUUGAAUCUCAAUAAGGUUUUGUCUCUGCUCUAUACAGUGUUGACACCAUUGCUGAAUCCACUUAUCUAUAGUUUAAGGAAUAAAGAAAUAAAAAAAGUCCUUAGUAAAUAUCUUAGUUUUAAUUAG